CGCACGCGCACCCGCCAAGCCGCCGUUUCUGCCCCCGCUUAAGCCCUCGUCACAGGCCCGCGCGAGCUGCUCAAGAUGCGGCGCGUUUGAUCGUUCCCCAUCCGCUCCCCGCCUUGACCCCCACCUCUGCCUAGUGCGCCGCCCACUUCGUCCUGGCCCCAUCACUCCCUCUGCACGCGUCUGCGUCGCCCGCGCAUGGAUGCGCGUCCUCGCUCAAGCUCCCGCCCGAGGCCCGCGCGCGACACUCAAGAUGCUACAUUUCCGAUCAUCACCUGCCAUUUCGGCGCCCGCUCUGCGUCUGCCUCGCACGUCGCUCACGUACCCCUGCCCUCCGCGUCUUCCCAACUGCCGCCGCCUCCAGCCGCUGGCGCGCCGCUGCGCAUUCUCGCGCGCGGGCGCUUGCUGACUAAUCCGGCCCCGCGGCCCGGCCCUCCGCUCGCGCUGUUCCGUCCGACUCUCGACGAGUCGGCGUCGCCCGCUCGAGCUGCCUACAGUAUAUUUCGCCUAUCAACACCGCAUGCCCUCUAAUUUUGGCUACGCCUUGACGUCCUUGCCAAUUCUCCGUCUGUCGGGUACCUCGUCCUCAAUUACACUUGCCGUCGCCAUAUUUUGCUCGCCAUCGAACUGCCAUUUUCUCGGUUGCUCGUCUCGUUGCCUCGUCUCGCCUCGCCUUGCCUCGCUCGCUCGGUACUUCGGUGUUCUUGUUUAUAUGGCCUUGGUUCUUGUUUUUUUCGGACACUGGUGCUUGAUUUUCGAGGGGUUGGGCGGGUGUAACGUGACUGUGACUAGUCACGUUCCUCGGCUAUAUAAGGCAGGCCUUGUCCCAUUGUAGAUACUCACUCUUGUACGCUACGCUCAUCUGCUAUA